AUGACGGAGCUCACGCAGCGCAAAGUCGGCCCGUUCCCGUCGCUGGCGCUCACUGGUGACGCGGCCAAAGGUGUGCACGUGACCGAGUUCGACUCGCGCCCCGUGUGCGCCAAUGAGACCCCGCGGCACUACGCGCCACAGGGCGACGCGCUCGUCGCGAGUCGCGGCCGCGCGACGGCCAGUAACUGGUGGGCCGUCAGUCGCGAGCUGCAGGAGAUGUUUCUGCCCGCGGGGUACCCCGACAGCGUCAGCGACGACUACGUGCGCUUCCAGCUCUGGGACACGACGCAGGCCAUGUGCAGCUACUUGCGCGGGGUCUUAGCGACCCAAUCGGUGCUCCAGAGCGUCGGCGUGGGCGACGACAGCGCGACGCCAUUGGCCGCCGCGCUGCAGUGGGUGCUGCGCGACGGCUCGGGCAUGAUCGGCGGCCUGACGUUCGCCUACUUUGUCGGGCCCAAGUUUGACCUCAACGUCAAGCGCUGGCGGCUCUUUGCCGACGUGGCCAACGACGCGGGGCUCACGCUCGACAUGAUUGCGCCGCUGAUUCCCGGCCUAGUGACUGAAGUGCUCUGUCUCUCGAGCAUCUGCAAGACCAUGUGCGGCGUGGCGUCCGGCGCCACGAGGUCGUCGCUCAUGACGCACUUUGCCAAGCGGGACAACAUGGCCGACUGUGCGGCCAAAGAGGGCUCGCAGGAGACAGCUGUUCGGCUGCUCGGACUCAUUGUCGGCAUGUACUUUGCCAACGCCGUGAACGCGUCGCAGUUUGCCGUGUGGGUGGCCUUCCUCGUGCUCACGAUCGUGCACGUGUACGCCAACUACAAUGCCGUGUCGUGUCUCUGCAUUCCCACGGUGAACCUCUUGCGAGGGCUGGUCCUGGUCGAGCGCUUCUUAGCGUCAGGGAACAACGCCACUGGCGUGGACAAUGGUGCAGACCAGUAUUCCAUUCGCAGCGUGAACCAAAAGGAACCUGUGUUUAGCAACCCUGUGCUGCCAGUGACGUCGCAACUGACAAUGGGGUCGCAGCUCCACGAGGCUGUUUCGACCACGCAGGAUCUUGAGAAACUGCUGCAAAUCUACGCCGAAGAGAAGUUCCUCUUGAAUGUGGUAGAAAACCAUGUGCACGUCGUGUUCCAAGCAGACGCGCAACCCAACGACGAGCUGCGUGCGUUCUUUCAAGCCGUUCUGGUCCUCCAGGCGCUGGCGUCGGCCCGGGCGCCAUCUCCUUCGUCAAGAGGUGGCAAUAACGGGCAUUUUUAUCUGCUCGAAUCCGCGCACCAUCAAAUGGUGGCCGACUUUCCGCUCUUCCUGCAAGUGCUGGAGAACAACGGAUGGCGCACGCACAUGUACUUGCUCAAUACGUCUCCGUGGCGCAUCAAGAUCGGUGAACGGACCUGA